AUGUAUCGCUGGCUAGAUGACUACGACAUAGCAGUUCCGUGCACUAGACAAUUCCGAGCUCGCGAACUGGUAUAUCACGACCUCUGGCGUAAAGGAUAUUAUCUGACCAGCGGAGAACAAUUUGGAUCUACGUGGCUUGUUUACGAAGGGCUUCCAGGCAAUGUUCACGCCAAGUUUUUGUGCGACUUUAUUCUUGAUGACGAGGAAUUAUCGCCACUCACUUUGAUUUCGCUUGUGCGAGUUGCAACUCAGGUGAAGAAAAACUUGUUGAUCGCAAUAGUUGCCUCGGACAGCAAUCUACCACAUUACAUAGCAUUCGACUGGUUCAAACCUUAUACUAAGGAAAAUGAUUAA